AGCUUUCACUCCGAUCGUCGUCAUGUGUAAAGCUGCACUUCUCACGCUCGGUCUGCUGGUGGCGCUGCUGGGCGGCGCUCAGGCCACUGACGGACACCCGAUCUACGGAGUGAAGCUGUGCGGGAGAGAGUUCAUCCGGGCGGUCAUCUUCACCUGCGGGGGCUCGCGGUGGAGGAGAUCUCUGGAUGUUUCAGGCGAUCUGUCCAGUGAUCUGCUCUCUACUCAUGAUGACGAGGUCUCUGACAGCUGGGUCUCCAACCCUCUCAUCCCUGGACUGUCAUACAGACCCCGUCCCGAUGCAGAGGCCCAUGUCUGGGCAGGAGAGGGCCAGGAGAGCCCCGUGUUCAGCCGCCCCGCCCGCUCUCUCAUCUCAGAGGAAGUGCUGGAGGCCUUGCGCACGUCAGACAGGAAGGGGCGGGACGUGGUCGUUGGGCUGUCCAAUGCCUGCUGUAAAUGGGGCUGCAGUAAGAGUGAAAUCAGCUCGUUGUGUUAAAGGACUGUGUGAUCAUAUUUUUCCACCCUUCCUCGCCUGUACUUCCAUUCCAACCUUCCUAUAUGUGAGGAAUGACGGUGGAGAGUUUGUUGAAAGUCAUUCCUAUGAAAUACUGAAAAUAUAUGUGUGUCAGAAAUGUAGGAAUAGCAGAUUUGAGACAAAGUGAAGAGCCUGUUUGUCAGUCUUCUUAAAAACUGCUCAUUUCUGUUCUUGUGCUUCUCUUCUGUGGUCAUGGAUUUAAUAACAGCGAACUGAAAUAAAGUUUUGAU